GGAAGUAGAGUGUAGAGUGCUGCAAUUAUGGCGCAGGAGGAAGAUGUUCGAGAUUACAAUUUGACUGAAGAGCAGAAGGCGAUCAAGGCCAAGUAUCCUCCAGUCAUUCGGAAGUACGAGUGUGAAUUUGGAUCAUACAGCAGAUGUCCAGUGGGGAGAAGAAUUUUCAUUGUCCAAGCACCCUCAGAGGUCAAGGCAAUAACCUACUCAGCAAUGCAGGUCUAUAAUGAAGAGAAGCCAGAAGUUUUUGUGAUCAUUGACAUUUGAGAUACCAAAAAACAAAACAAAAAUCCCCUCCUAAAAGUCCCUCCUAUGAAGAACUGUUUUUUCCUCUUCUCAGAAGAUCCCGUGAUAUAAAUUCUACAGUAUCUGUUGAUAAUAUGGAGAUUUGCAGAACAGAGCUUCUUUUUUAAGAUUUUAUUCAUUUAUUCGACAGAGAGAGCGAGAGAGCACAAGUGGGGAGCAGCAGAGAGAGAGGGAGAAGCAGGCUCCCCCCUGAGCAGGGAGCCCAAUGUAGGGCUCGAUCCCAGGACCCUGGGAUCAUGACCUGAGCCGAAGGCAGCUGCUUAACGACUGAGCCACCCAGGCGCCCCAAUUUUCUAUAUAUACAUUAGGAGAGGUUGUGCUUUAGAUUCCUGUGGGACAGAGCCAUCCUGUAUUCCACUUGAUUUUCUUAGAAGAAAUAAUUAUAGUUUAACAAUUGGGAGACUUCUCUAGAAAGAGCUCUGAGUUUCUCUCUCUCACAUUUUAAAGCACUAAUGUAUGGACACUUUACUGUUUUCCCAUAAGAAAAAUUAAAUACCCUUACAAAUGGGCCCUUCCUUCUAACAUGUAAUUUUAUAUUAAAGCCAGUAUAUUUAUACAUUUAGAGAAGAAAAUAAUUGUUUUAACAUUUUUUUUUAAAUUACCGAAGAUCUUCGUUGUGGGAAAACCAUGUUAAAAUGAUCUGAACUUUUCAAAGGAGGUAACUUUAAAAAAAAAAUGAAACUUUUUUUGUUUGAUUUGCAGCGUUAUUCUACUGUCUAUUCAUUGAUUGAGGUAUUCUUUGUUGCCAUGACAAGAGUUUGCAAAGUUGCUAUUUAUUCACACAUAGAUGAGAAAAGAUUGCCACUGGGUGGUGCCAGAUAUCAUUAUAGCAUGCUAAACUUGACCUAAAAGGAAGAGAUUGUCUGUGAGCUUCCUAAGUAUUCUAAGCACUAAUAUUUUUCUUUGGGUAUUUAACAGAAAGUAGAGGUAAUGGAGACUAGGCCAAGAACCAUGGUUUGAAUAGUAGCUCUUCAAAUGAAUACAUAGCAGCAUAGUUGGGGUGGUGCUUCUUAGCCUUUUUUAUUGUUAGGCACAUUUUGUAAAUUUGAAUUGUGGUCCUCCGAGCAAAAACUGUCUAUAAGAAUCUCUUUACCUUUUGUUAGGAUGAAUUUCCAGGCAGACAUAGGGCUCUUUUUUUUUUUUUUUUUUCCCAUGGACGCCUUUGAAUAUCAUGCGCUGUUUGGGGCAUUGAUUGUGAAAAUGUGCACUGGAAUACUGUGAGUCUAAUGGAAAAGCUGAAUCCAGAAUAGGAAGAGCUCUUGGGAUAUAUUAAGCCAAGUAGGGUACAGACUUGAGUAGGAGAAACAGAGUAACUACACCUCUUACCACCAGUGCUAUAUAAUGGGGUUCAGUAAAAGCAAGUCAGUUGUAAUUAUGUGAUACAAAUUAUGUUUCUUUUCAUUUAUAGUAAAUUUAUAAUUUGUUACAAUUUUGUGUGAAUUUUAAAAUGUUUGUGUUUUGGGUUGCCUGGGUGGCUCAGUUGGUUAAGCAUCUGCCUUCAUCUCAGGUC